CUCGGAGUUUGAACACAACGUCGGACCAGCAAUCCGGACUUCGACAACUUUGACCUCGCCUGAAGCACAACAUCGAACAAGCAUAUUUCUCACUCCCACGAAAUGGCAUCUACAAUGAAGAUCUUCGUCCUGACCGGCGCUAUUUUGCUUGUCUUUGGGCUCACCGGAGCGCAGGUAGCCGACGAGAGUGGCGUACGAAGCAGCGGCGUGGGCCUCGGCACCGGCGGAAACGGCAUCAGUCUGGAGAACAUGCUCUGGAACUACUUUAUGGCCAAGCAGAUGUCGCGCCAGGCGCAACUGCAGCGCGACGGAGAGAUCCCGACUGAGCUACAGAGGAAAAGGAGCGGCUGGAAGCAGUGUUCGUUCAACGCCGUGUCCUGCUUCGGCCGCAAGUGAAGAUGCCAUGCCGCGGCCGGGCGCGAAACCCAACCGGCGGACCCACGCCAGGGAUCCUGUUGUUCUCCUAUGCCUCGCCACCCACUGGGUUCCCCUGCAGCACGUGAAGGAGACAAGGGACAUUCGAUAUGGGAGGGGAGGUGUACGCUGACGUGAUCAACCGCAAGCCAUCGAGUGCCCGGCCUCAUCAAUUAGAAUGUCGUCGAGAUGUAAGAUAAAAAAGGCGAUGAUCAUUGACCAGAACGGAUUCCAAUCAUUGAUCAGGACUGUUUCUGAUAGUGUAUGAGCUGCAUCAACGUUUGCAUUCUGUUGUUUUGAGAUGCACCGGUUUCCUAAAUUCUCUGCGCGUUGCUACCGUUUCCGUUGUGCUGCUCUGAACAGGACUUUUUUUUAUUGUACAGUUUAUAUCCCGCAGCUACAGAAGUUUAAGGACGUAGUCUGCAUUCAAAAUUUAUUUCGGCGAGCAGAUUUUUUUUUUUUUUGGUGGGGGGAUUUUUAUUUUUUGGCGUUGUAUUAUGUUACCUGCUCCGUUUUGUUGUAUAUACCGAGGGCACAGAACAACUACCGCGUUGCGAAUGUCAACAUACGAGGAAGUGGAAAUAUUACUUCUACCAAGUUUUUCUUUGAAUAUGUCGCGCUUCUUGGUGCACAAAACUGAAAGUAAAAGCGUGAACAGUCGGGCACUAUAAAAACGGUAGUUGCUGUCGAGGAUCUGAAGCACAGACUGUUAAUAGUUUCUUUGCCUGCUGUUUCGGGACGGAGGUGCAACGCGCACUGAUUAGUUGCAAGACGGUUUUUGUCUGGCGCUUCACUGGUGGUCUGUAGAUGGCGAGGUAUAGGCGAAUGUUCUUUCAUAUUUUAUGUUUUGUUUAUUUUAACAUGCUUCUUCCUACUGUCUCAGAGCGCUGAUGUUGUAGCCUAACACUCUUUCAAGCACCUCCCGAUCUCAAAAUUUAUUCCUUUAUUAUAUUAAUUUGAUAUAGCAGCCAAGUACGUGUUGUAAGUAUAUUAUGAACAAAAAUGUUCAUGCCGCGUGCGAACGAUUGCUAAGCACUCUAACCAAGGUAAAAUUUUGAGUUUAGUUCAAUUCGCUAAUAAAAGACGUUUAAAGGUUUUUUUUUUGUUUUUUUUUUUUAGAAUGCAAACAGUGAACAGCAACGUGAUUUGUUAAGUAUAAAAAUAUUCAGAGGCACUACAAAGGCCGCUAGGUUGGACAACUGGAGUAAACUUUGAGGUAUGAGCCUGACAUAAGAGUAAUUCUGAAAAUUACAGCUUUCUUUUCAGUCAUUGCUUUCCGACUCUAUUGCAGUUUAAUAUAACUUAAUAGGUUCUCAUUCUUAUAAACGAAAACAAUUCGUUAUAUUAUUCCCUCCUGGUACAAAGGUCCACAUACAAAAAAUGAUUCUCAUUUUUUUUUUCUUGAAAUCUUUUACCUUUUAUUCCAGCUCACACUGUCCCUUCUUUUACUGUUUACAGAAUAGGUAUUGAUAAACAGACAUUGCGCGUUUACUUACUAUUUGUUUUGUCAAAUUGACUUAUAUUGUUGGAGCCUGAUGUUGUAAUAAAAUGUAUCUUGCCGUUUGUAAACGCAAUGUCCAUUCCUAUGUGCCUGCCUUUGUGCAGAGCGGGUCACUUUGUGAAUAGAACGAUAAUCCGGCAGUCAAAUCAAGGCUGCUUCAUCGAGUUAAAAAAAAAACGGUGUUACAAUCAUAAAUAAAAUGAGUGGGUCCGAAUUCAUUUGCAAGUUGAGUGGAAUAAAAAUUUCAGUGAGA